AUGAGUGGAAGAAGAGAUAACCGUCGUUCGAACGGAGGACGCGAUGAUGGAAGAGACCACCAGAAGCGUGGAGGAGGAGAUGAUAAACGUAGUGGUGGUGGAAACAGCUCUCGUAGCGGUGGCGGCGGUGGUGGAAGCCGAGGUGGAGCUGAACGCGGAAUCGCACCGGCCCAACAGCCAUACGAGAGCAGUGGUCAUAGAAGCGGCGGCGGUGGUGGAGGUGCUGGAAGAAACAACGGAGCCGCUUUCAAUGGUGCCGCAUUCUCGGAAUCUCAAUUGAUGGACGAGGUGCCAAAAAAGAAGUUCACCGGAAGAUGCCGUCUUUUCGUCGGAAAUUUGCCGAAUGAAGUUAAAGAAGCCGAGCUCAAGGAGCUGUUUUCUCCACAUGGAGAUAUCGCAGAGUGCUAUCUCUCUGGAAAAGGAUUCGCGUUCUUGAGACUGGAUACUCGUGCUCACGCGGAAAGUGCCAAGGAAGCCAUCGACGGUCGUAUCAUACAUGGCCGUCAAGUACGUGUCCGUUUUGCUGUUCAUGGAGCGGCGAUCAGAGUCAAAGAACUCUCGCCAACCGUCUCCAACGAGAUGCUCUAUCACGCGUUCUCUCAUUUUGGAGACGUCGAAAGAGCCGUUCAUAUUGUUGAUGAGAAGGGAAGACCGACGGGAGAAGGAAUCGUCGAGUUCGAGAGAAAACCGAAUUGUAACGAAGCGAUGGCGGCGAUCCGUGAAAAAGUUUUCCUUCUGACUGCGAGCCCAAAACCGCUCAUUUGUGAAGUGUUGGAGCCAAGAGACGAAGACGAUGGACUGGCUGAGAGAAUGAUCCCACGAACACCGGGUCUCUCGAAGGAACGUGAGCUCGGACCUCGGUUCCCCGCUCAGAACAGCUUCGAAUAUGUGUACGGAAUGAAAUGGAAGGAACUGUACGAUGUGGAGCAGAAACGUCGUGCAGCACUUGAUGAAGAGCUUCGUGACUCGCGUCGUCGACUGGAGGCCGACAUGGAACUCGCUUAUCAGGACUAUCAAGCUCAAAUGCUUCGUGAAGACCUCCAACGUCGCCAACAAGAGCUAGAGCGUCUCGAGGCUGCUCGUCGUGAACGAAUGCGUGGAAUCGGUGGGCCACCACAAGGAAUGCCAGGAGGCAUGCCGCCACCAGUCCAACCAUUCCACGGACAAGGCGGUUUCGUGGCCGGCGGACCGCCAGGAGGACCACCAAUAUUCCAACAACAAUUCCAGCAGCCACCACAAGGAAUGUUCCCGUCUGGAGUUCCACCACCAUUGAUGGGAAGUGCCGGAGAUUUGAGAGGAGACUUGAGAGGCGAUAUGAGAGGCGAUCUGAGAGGAGCGCCUCCAGGAGGACCACCACAAGGAAUGCCUGGAGGACCAGGAGGCAUUCUUCAGAAUCCACACGGUAGAAGUAAUAUGAUAGAAGGAGUUCAACGGUUGCUGCAGAUUUUCAAGAGUGAUAAUGGGCCACCAGGCAUGCCUGGCUGUGACUUCCCACCACAACAAGGACCACCAGGAGGAAUGUUCGGAGGAGGAGGCGGAGGACCAUACGGAGAUGGAGGCUUUCCACCAGAGAAGAAACAGCGUCGAUGA